AUGACUCCUGAGAGGGAGAGUUUGACAAGGCUGGACCUCUCUAGCCAUAAACACAUCUUUCUGCUCACGUCCAGGAGCCUCUUAUCCGGCCAAUUCCUCCUUGUCUUCCUCGCAGUUGGGGUCCCGGCUACCAGCUGGCCUAUUGUCAGCACCACAAACAGUAUUGACUUAUCAAAUACCAUCGGCAUAUUAACUUCGGGUGUUGAUGCCAAUAUCAGGCCUGUUCUGGACCUCAAUGAGCAGAUUGUUGAAGCUAUGUUGGAGAAAGUUGCCAACCGCUCAGGUAAUGGACGAACAAAUCAAUUCAGAAAGCUGACCAUCGUUGACGAUGCUAAUGCCACAACCUGGGACUACUUCAUGGAACUUCGGCGCCAGAUAGGCGUCGAGCUGCCCGGCCUUGGAGCCAAUUAUUUUGUCUAUCAGAAGCGUAUUCUAGGGGACUCUAAUGUGCAGCGCAGUAAGGAGCCGCUUGAUUAUGACCCGAAGCUUGGUUUCAACACAGCUAUCUGUCUUCUGGGUGUUAUCAUCACAGUAAUACUGCUGGUGGCGCCCUACCGUCUACGGGUUUGGUGUCAAGAACGGCACAUGCGGCUGCAUAGUCAGACAAAGCGACGGCAUCAGAUCAGCUAG